AUGCAGAAUCAAGAGCACAGGUUCGAAGAGCGUUGCCAGAGUUACACAGGUGAUAGAUCCUACACUGUCGCAUUAACUGCUCCUGGGGAAACAGGAACAAAUAGUCUGUUCACUCCAGACAGGUCUCCAACAGGAGACCAAAUGAAUUUCAUAAAGGAAAAUAGUCAAGCCCUCAUUCAAAGGAUGGGCAUGACAGUUACAAAGCAAAUCACCGAUGAUCUAUUUGCAUGGAAAGUUCUGAACCAUGAAGAAGUCAAUGUCAUUUGCUGCGAGAAGGUGGAACAGGAUGCUGCGAGAGGAAUCAUCCAUAUGAUUCUGAAGAAGGGCUCAGAGGCCUGCAACCUCUUUCUUAAGUGUCUUGAAGAGAGGGACUAUCUUGUAUAUCAGGACUUAACUGGACAGAGUAUUUUUCACCAGCUAUCAGAAGAAGACUUGGAUGUUUUAGCUCAGAAUUUAAAGGAUUUCUACAAAAGCCCCACUUUUCUGAACUUCAAUCCUCUGGGUAAAGAUAUUGACAUCAUCUUUAAUUUGAAAAUCACCUACACAGAACCUGUCCUGUGGAAGAAGGAUCAUCACCAUCACCGUAAGGAGCAGCUGACCCUGAGCAGUCUGCUGAAGGAUCUUGAGAGCCCUUGCCUUAUUGAAGGGGAAUCGGGUAAAGGGAAAUCCACGCUUCUGCAGAGGAUCGCCAUGCUGUGGGCUUAUGGGGAGUGCAGGGAUCUGAACAGGUUCAAAUUUGUCUUCUUUCUCCCCCUGAGCAGUGCCCGGGGUGGACUGUUUGAAAUACUGUGUGAUCAGCUCCUGAAUGUACCUGACACAAUCAGGAAGCAGACCUUCAUGGCCACGCUGUUGAAGCUCCAGAAGGAGGUCCUUUUUCUCCUUGAUGGCUAUAAUGAAUUCCUGCCCCAGAACUCCCCAGAAAUAGAAGCCCUGAUAAAGGAAAACCAUCGUUUUAAGAACAUGGUCAUGGUCACCACCACCACUGAGUGCCUGAGACAUAUCAGGCAUGUUGGUGCCUUGAUUGCUGAGGUGGGAGACAUGACAGAGGAUAGUACCAAGGUUCUCAUCCAGAAAGUGCUGAUCGAGGAACUGGCUGAAGGCCUGCUGCACCAGAUGGAUGUGUCCAGGUGCUUGAAGAAUCUGAUGAAGACUCCUCUCUUUGUGGUGAUCAGCUGUGCAAUCCAGAUGGGAAGAAAAGAGUUCCACUCUCACACACAAACCAAGCUAUUCCAGACCUUCUAUGACCUACUGAUACAGAAAAACAAGUAUAAGUACAGAGGUGGGAAUGCAGGUGACUUCACCAGGAGCCUAGACUACUGUGGAGACCUGGCUCUGGAGGGUAUAUUUUCCCAUAGGUUUGAUUUUGAACCUGAGGAUUUGUGCAGCAUCAGUGAAGAUGUUCUGGUGACAACUGGGCUCCUCUGUAAAUACACAGCUCAGCGACUGACGCCUAAGUAUAAGUUCUUUCAUAAAUCAUUCCAGGAGUACACAGCAGGACGCAGACUCAGUGGCCUGUUGAUAUCUAGUGAUCCAGAGGAGGUGAGCAAAGGAAGGCACUACUUACAGAAAAUGGUGUCCAUCUCCGAUAUCACAUCCCUGUAUGGCAAUCUGCUCCUGUACACAUGUGGAUCAUCCACAGAAGCCACCAGGGCUGUCAUGAGGCACCUUGCAGUGGUGUAUGAGCAUGGCAGCCUGCAAGGGCUCUCUGUCACCAAGAGGCCUCUCUGGAGGCAGGAAUCCCUACAAAGUAUAAGAAAUACUACUGAGCAAGACAUUCUGAAAACCAUCAACAUCACUUCCUUCGUAGAGUGUGGCAUCAAUUUAUUCUAUGAAAGUAUAUCCAAGUCAGCCCUGAGCCAAGAAUUUGGAGCUUUCUUUAGUGGUAAAAGUUUAUACAUCAACUCAGAGAACAUCCCUGAUUACUUAUUUGACUUCUUUGAAUACUUGCCUAAUUGUGCAAGUGCUCUGGACUUCAUUAAACUGGAUUUCUAUGGAAAAACUACAGCCUUGCAGGACAAGGCAGCAGAAGAUGGCACUGAAGGCUCCGGGGAAGGGUCCUCAGAAACCUACGUUCCCAGCAGGGUUGUGUCUUUGUUCUUCAACUGGAAGGAGGAAUUCAAGACUCUGGAAGUCACACUCCGAGAUUUCACCAAGUUAAAUAAACAAGAUAUCAAAUACCUGGGGAAGAUAUUCAGCUCUGCCACAAACCUCAGAUUGUACAUGAAGAGAUGUGAGGCUAUGGUGGGAAACCUCAGCUGUGUCCUCAGCACCUGUAAGAACAUCCAUUCCCUCAUGGUAGAAGCCAUCCCUCUCACCAUAAAAGAUGAGCAGCACAUCACAUCUGUGACAAACCUCCAGAACUUGAGCAUUCACAAUGUGCAGUCUCAACGGCUGCCAGGUGGUCUGACUGACGGCUUGGGUAAUUUGAAGAACCUUGUGAAGCUUGUACUCGAUAACAUUAGGAUGAAUGAGGAAGAUGCUAAAAAACUAGCAGGAGGUCUGGUAAAUCUGAAGAAGAUGUGUUUAUUUCAUUUGACCCAUUUGUCUGACAUUGGAGACGGAAUGGAUUACAUAGUCAAGUCCCUGUCAGGAGAAGCCUGUGACCUGCAAGAAAUCAAAUUAGUCUCCUGCUGUCUGUCGGCAAACUCUGUGAAAACACUAGCACAGAACCUUCACAAUUUAGUCAAGCUGAACAUUCUUGAUUUAUCAGAAAAUUAUCUGGAAAAGGAUGGAAAUGAAGCUCUCCACGAACUAAUUGUCAAGCUGAACAUUCUAGAACAGCUAACCACUCUGAUGCUGCCUUGGUCCUCGAAUGUGCGCACUUGCCUACCCAAUCUGUUGAAGCAUUUGGAAGGAGGUCCACAGAUUGUCAAACUUGGGUUGAAAAACUGGAGACUCACAGAUGGCGAGAUUCAAAAUUUAGGUGCAUUUUUUGAAAAGAGCCCGCUGAGAAACUUCCAGCAGUUGGAUUUAGCUGGAAAUUGUGUGAGCAGUGAUGGAUGGCUUGCCUUCAUGGGUGUAUUUGAGAAUCUUAAGCAACUGGUAUUUUUUGACUUUAGUACUGAAGAAUUCUUACCGGAGGCGGCACUGGUCAGAAAACUUGGUCAUGUGUUAUCCAAGCUAACAUUUUUGCAAGAAGCUAGGCUUAUUGGAUGGAAAUUCGAUGACUAUGAUAUCAGCGUUAUUAAAGGACCCUUUAAACUAAUAAUUGUGUAAAGGCACCUUAAGCCACUGACUGCUUUAGGGACAGCUUUAUCUCAACCUGAUGAUUUAAAAGCUUACAGAAGGAAGCCAAAGAUGAAGAAACAGAAGAGUUUGAGAACCAGAGCCACAAUUUUGUGUCUCAUCUCUCCGACUAGGACUAUUCGGAUGACCUCUGGCUAUUGUUCAUGUCUGCGCCACCCUGGUCUCAAGAAUACUGGGUCACCACUAUGCGGGCAAGCUAUAGUGACACCUCCUUCCCACAGUCUUCAAGGAAUUGAGGGGAGUCAGUUACCCCUCCCACCCAA